AUGGGAGCCACCGCAUCAACCCUCGCUGAGACCGUGGAUAUUGAUAUCUCCUGCCUCAGCGAGGAGGAGAGAAGUCUCUCGCCGCUGUUCAUGGAGAUCGUCGCAGCUCUGUGGAUGCACAAGGGCAGCCUCGGCGGCUUGAAGCAUUUCCAUGAGCGGCCAAACCUCGACCCGUUUCGCCUGGCGAAUCCAGAAGCCAUGUGCAUCCGUGCUCAUGGCCUUCUCUUAUGCUUUGUCGUUCUCCUCAGCUUGAUUUCCGAAGGUGCCGGCUUCCGCAACUCUGCAAAGACUUCGGGGGAGAAGGAGCCAGUUGCCUGCCUGGAAGGCGACACACGGGAGCCGGGAUGCAAAUCCGUUUGCCGCUGGCUUUACCUCACGACCUCGGAGCACAAUGGGCACUGCGAGGACUGGGUAAACAAGCUCAAGGGCGUGGGGCAUGGCGACGACGCCGACAACAGCAAGCUCGGAACCUACAAUGGUCGUGCGUGGUACAAGUUUUGGGGCACCUCCAGCAUGGAGCCCUUGAUCAAAGUGCUGAGCUCGAACUGCAAGGAGGAAGAGCUCGAUUUCUAUGCUGCUGCCUUGUACCAGUUGAUCGAGGAGCUGAAGAAGGAUCGUCCGACGAAGUACAAGAAGUACGACGAUGAGUUGGCAAUCCUUCAAGAGAAGCUUGCAGAUGUCGUCACCGAAAAAGUGUCAAAAUUGGUCCCGCAAGACGACAACGACAUGGGCGCAGACGAUGGAACUCCCCUCCCAGUGUGCCCCGCCGAUUUUCGCAUACAAGACGGGGACUUCCUGACAUUCGAGGACGGAGGGCCGGACUUUCAGGAGAUUUCCGGCGACUUUGCAUGGGAAGCUGAAGCUUUGGAGUUACGACUCCACUAUUCCUACGGCCCACACUUUGACUACUCGCAAACCUUCAACACGACUUCGGACGUGACCUUCAAGAAUCGCACCUUUGGUUCAAAGGUGGGUAGAAUCUUCGAACUCUCCUGGAAGCACACGCUGAACACAAUCGUGCGAGCAGGGAAGGGUCUGGCGGAUCUUGCUGCGAACGCCGGCAAGUUCUUGUGGGACAUGACGAAGAAUGCCGGAAAGGUCUUGCGGAAGAUGGGUAUCUGGACCGGUGCUGGGGUAGCGAGGAUCUACGCGCACGUCCGGCAGACCACCCCUCACACGAAUCAGACGAAAUGGACGCACACGGAGAUGGGCAUUGGUGAUGGCUAUUCCAUUUCUGCGUAUGCAAACCUUGGUGUUUACCAAGGUGCCAGUCGGGUAUGUGGGAAUUCUGGACAAAUCGUGGUGUCACGCUUCGUUGGAGACGGAACUGUCAAUGCGGCUGCCUACCGGAAGCUAGCUGCUGAACGGGCGCGCAUGUGGCAGCCGUAUCUUACCAAGCACUAUGCAGCCACGGUUGGGCAGUGGCACAGAGUGGUUGUCGGUCACUGCAAGUCAUGGCUGGCCACACCCGGAAAGUCUGAAUAUUUCGAAGCUGUCACCCCAGAGAGGGUCGAGGAGAUGUGGAAAUACAUCCCGAGCGUGAAUGACACUGAGAAAGGCUUCUUCGAAGGAAUGAGGGACAACUUCCGUACACAUGUCAGCAACAAAGACGGCAGGGCCCGCCGGAUCAAGCCGAAGGCCAUGUUCUGCUCGAAGUUUGUGUCGGCCGUCUGGUCUUCCACCAUUGGCAACCCAACAGCUGUCCCCGAUGCUCAACCUCGCUCGGAAGAUCUGAAGAAGAUGUUCCCCUUCAACCCGGGCGCAUGCAGCCCCUGGACUCUGGUCCAGUGGCUGCUGAGCAAGAAGGGGCGUGAGACGUGGCACUCGCAAAAGAUCACAAGAGAGGACUUCUGCGCCGGAUAUUCAGACUUCGAGUAUAUCUACCUGACCAUCCUUGGCUUCGCCAAGCUUCAUUCCUUAGUCGAGGAGAUAACGCUGCAGAACAACGGCGAGGUCUUCACCCGGAAUCCAGGCGUUCAACUUCUCGAGCGCGCCUGUGGCAUGACGAUGCAUGGAAAUCGUGAAGGAGCGAAUGCCCUGCUUCGGUCCGCCCCAGGCGCACUGCUGGAGGUACCCUUCCAGGUGGUGAGGCCGACUGCAAACCAUUCUUCGAUGCUGCCAGUCCCAGAAGGGUUGGCAAGAUUAGCUCGACAUCCGAGCAGCAUCUCGAUUAUCUCCGUCGUCGGCCCUUUCCACUCGGGCAAGAGCUUUUUGCUGAACGCGCUGUUGGGUGACACACAGGUGUUUUCCAUCGGUCGGAAGACAUCCCCAGAGACCAUGGGGAUCUGGUUGUGUCGCACAGAGUGGCAAGCAAGUGAUGGGUCAGAGGUUUGGUUAAUGGACUCCGAAGGCUUUUUCGGGCCAGGCGUGGCGGAGAGCUACGAUGCCAAGGUCUUCACCAUUGCAACACUUCUGGGUGGCCACUUGGUGUACAACACCGUAAAGAUCAUCGACCAACAGGCAGUCAACCUUUUGGAGAUGUUGGCCCGCCGUGCGCAACUUUUCCGAACCCGAACAUCCAAGGAGCAGGCGAAUCUUGAGACGCCUGAGUUCCUGAGUGUGAGAAGCUUUCCGCCCUUGACAUGGGUGGUCGAGGACUUCGUGCAGGAGCUGCCUGAGGUUCAUUCGCACUCCUCGGAUCCGGCCACCGCUUGGCUCAAGUCCUACUUGUCUCACGUUAACGAUACCUCAGGCGAGGAAGUGAAUAUCCUUUCCAAGUUGUACAGCAGCGUGAAGGUAAAGACCUUGUUCUUGCCAGCGACGUCAAAGCCAGAGCUACAGGACCUUUCGAAGCUUCAAUGGUCGCAACUCACGCCCGAGUUCAAGAAGGAGCUGAAAGAGUUGAAAACGCACGUCCUCUCCAGCUUGCACGCUCGGUCCUUCGAAGGCGAGCCCAUGACGGGCCGAACUUUGGAGAGAUCUUUACGAUUCAUUGUGCAGGGCCUACAACGUGGCAUGUUCCAUGAGCUACCAUCACUCUGGACGACCUGGACACAACAAGUUGCCGAGAUGUCCCUUCAAGACGCCGAUACCUGGUUUUCAUCACUCAUGUCCAGCAUUGAUCAGGGUGAAGACCCCAUCCCGCUGCGAGACUUCAACGACAAGGUAGAGGAGGCCAGGACCAGGUCAGUUCAGUUCUAUGUGGAACUGCUGAGAGACUUCGAUGUCACCCAAGACAUACCGGAGCUCCGGAAAAGGAUGGCAGUGCACUUUCAGCACAAGCUUCUCUUGUAUCAUGAGCGAGUACAACGAUGGACAAACGAAGGCAUUGUGAGGGAGAAAGAAAGCUUUGGCCGGUUGCUGGCAGAGCGCGAGCUUCCUUUCGACCCUGACCUAUUCAGAAAGAGUGGAGAGGAAGGUAUCCGCAAGAUCGUGGGCGACUUUAAUGCAAAGCUUCAAGUCUUUGCAGCGAGAGGGCCAAGUCCUAUUCAUGGCAAGGCAGCUUCUAUGCCAACCUUUGCACAGGAUCCGGCAAGCCAGCUUAGUGUAGACUUGCACACAAUGCUAGGUGCCCGCGAGCUGGAGAACGAACGGGAGAUAAUGCAGCAUUUCAAAGCAGCCGUUGCCGCUGCUGAUGAAGCAGUUGACCGUGAGUUGAAGCUGGUGGGCAACAAGCUGUUGGGCAAGACGCAGCUAAAGGAGCUGCAGUCCAUUGUGCAAUCACGAUGCUGGCAAGCAUUUGAGGACAAACUGGCAGGACACAAGUGGAUGAAGCUUCUAAGCCACCACAAAACACACAAGGCUUUGGUCCAAACAGAGACGUACGAAAACAGGAUGGCGAGGUACAGUGCCGCCAAUGAUCAACGGCUCAGCGCGCACUUCCGGACAGCCUUGGAGCGAUGUGUCAGCUCGUACAAGACACGCAAGACCCACUUGGCGAUGCCUGCCUCGGAGACAGACCUCACUGCGGAGCACAGGCAGCUAGCAGCAAGCAUCCGAGAGCUGCUAGAUGAGCAGGGUCGCGACCUUCAAGAUACCGAUGCGCACCGGGGUGCCCUAAGGAGCCUUGAGUCUGUUUUGGACGAAGGCUUCGUGCACGUCAAACAGAAGAAUAUUGAGCUUUGGAAGGUUCACUCAGACGAAGCCACGCGCUGUGCGCUCAAGGAAAACCAAGCUGCCGAGAAGAACUGCCGGUAUUUCUGCUUGUUUACCCGGGUUCCAAUGGUUCACAAAGCGAACUCUCGAAAGCACUUGUUGCAAUGCUUGUCGCGAUCCAGCACAGGAACCCGAAUGUCGCAAAGCAUGCAAAACCAGGUUUUUGAGGAUUGGUACAACAAGGAUUUGGCGCAUGAUGCGGCUACUGUUUGGACCAACUUCUACCUCUUCCUUGGCACGCCGGUUAUCGGACUGGUGGUGCUGUGCUUCAUCACCGGCUGUGGACGUUUGAACCGGCAGCCCCCACCGCCGCCGCCGCCGACUUCCUUCUACGGCACAGCGGGACCGCAGUAUGUCCCGGAUCCCUGGCGCCGGCACGGGUGA